UGGUGACACUGGCAGGGAAAAGCAGGGAGGCACUCGUGUCCUCGAUAUAACACACACAUCCUUCAGCAAGUGAGUGAGACACACACACACACACACACACACACACACACACAGAAGAGACUGAGAGGUAGACAGCCGGGGAGGCAGCAAAGCAAACAGACAAAAUCGGGGACAGACACAAGGACAAACAGAGGCAGAGACGGGUGGGGAGACGGCUGAAGCAAGGAUAAAUGGGAAGGAAGAGAGAGGAAGAAUAAGGAAGAGGUGGCUGCACCAUCUGCUGCCUGAGAGAGAAACAUGUUGCCAUUCAGAUUGGAGCAGGGAGGCAGCCAGCGAUCUGCAGUGAGACACCAACAACCCCUCUUGAAUGGAAAGUAGGGUGAAAAAACUAAAACGUCUGAUGUACCUGUUGAGGAAAAUGAAGAAAGUAAGACAGUCACAAUAAAGACUCUGCAGCUGAAAGGGAGGAGAUUUCCGACAAAUAGACUUUCGGCAGCGUCUGGUCAAAGAAGACAUUUGUGACUUGAUUUUAUUCUGUAAACACUGAGAAACAACAGACAAAGAGAUUGUGUCUUCAUCAUCAUCACAAUGGAGUUAUCUUAUGCUUUUUGAACAGAUCCACACUGUUCUGAGGGGUCCCAUGACACUGACAUUUGACAUUUACAAGCAGCUUUCUUUCUUUUGAUAAAUACUCUCCGUUACUGUAAAGCACAUUGAGGACAGGUACUGUGCAGCUGGUAUGUUUUAUUUGGACUAAUAAGUAAUAUAUCUUAACAGUUUCCGUAAAUAACCAGGGUUGCACCACUUAUAAUGCACACUCCAUCUUCCAUGGUGAUGGGGAUUGUCUUUUCCCCUUUGGGAUUGGUCCUCGUCUUCACUGCCGCCAUCACUCCUCAGUGGAGAGAAGGACAGACACGUCUUGGGAUGGCAGGCUCGGGGUCACUUCUUCGGUUAGGAGUGAAAGGUCAAGGGAUGGGGGUCAAGUCCGGGUCAGUGGCGGAGCUGCUCCUUCUACGCUCUGAUGGACUUUGGGAGAGUUGCCUGCAGGUGGAGCACUCGGAGCUGAAGCAGUGCUGGCCUGUGGCAGGUCCAUAUCAGAGAGACCGGAGGGUUCGCCUGGCACAAGGUUUGAUCCUGACCUCGUUGUUCCUGUGCAGCACCGGCAUUGUUCUGGCAUGUAUCGGGGUCCGGUGUUGGACAGACAUCCCUCUGAGAGGUGUAGCAGCUACAGGCGGACUCCUGGUGGUGAUGGCCGGGCUGCUAAGCCUGACUGCACUCGGGGUGUACACCCACAACCUUGCAAGACUGGGGAUGGCAGAUCCAAGUCAGGGGAUCAACAACCCCAGGUUCCCCCAACUCAGCCUGCGUCCAGCCGGCUCGCUCUACUUUGGGUGGCUGGGUGCGUGUUUGCAGGUGCUGGGAGGCAGUGCUCUGCUGUUCAGCUUUAAACGACCAAGAUACCCGACCUGCCCAUCCUGCCCAGGGCUUCCUGUCUGUCCUGCUUGCCGUUCAUGUCCUGAGAUCACCAACAAGCCAGACACGGAUGUAUAUGAAGUCAGCUGUUAGAAUGUAAACACUUAAAAUACUUAGACAGCAUGAGUAAAGAUGAGCAGAUCUGGACCCUUAAGGACAUAUUAAAGUCACUUCCAAAUCAUCAGCUAAUUAAUCUGCCAACUAAAAAAAUGAGUAAAUUCAUAAAUGGCUUUGAACCGCGGGACAUUACCACUACCUGAUUAAUUGAGGCAAAUGUCAGGUAUGAACAUGUUGGAUGUAACUACCUCUUGACGUAGACAGAAACUUAAUUUUGGGGUGUAGAAUACAAAGUGAUUGAUUGUAUGACGAGAGUAUGAUUGCCACAGAAGUUCAUCAUGUUUUAAAAGAGCUCAAGUUCCUGCUGCCUUUAACUGCAACGUGUAUUGAAACAUGGCUGAAGUAUCUCUUUGUGCUGCCUUUUACAUUGUAGCCAUGCCUUUGUACUGUUAGCCAUCAGUCAUGUGACACGGUUUUGUGUCAGAACAAAGCUGUGAAAUGUAAAAUAUUUGUGAUGAAUUAUACAGUAAGUUGCUUAGAUAAUGGUAAGGCUUUGAAUAUAAGAACAAUUGGUUCUUACCUGAAAAAACGGAAUAAUCCGGUUUUCUUAACAAAUAUGUUUUUUGGAAUGGAGACAACAGUCUUGACUAAUUUUCUCCGAAAGUAUUUGCGAUCUGCUUUUAAUAUUUCUCGAUUCAGUCAUUGCAAUUAAUAAAAAGACCAAUUUUAGAUGUGAGAUUACUGUAUAAACAUUAUAAAUAGGUUGCCAAUUUUUGAGCCUGCCAGGGUAAAUCUUUGUAUAAUACUUUUACUAAGGAGCCUUCAUCUAAUGAAUGUGAUUUUACUGACAAGUGAGGAGGCUACACCACAGGGUGUUGUUUGUUCUUUGUAAAUUAUUUGUUGGUGUUAACUUAUUACAGUGUGUUCAUACUUGGUGGUGCAUUCUGCAUUUAAUAAAACAUUUCAACAGUGUA